AACCAUAAAUUGUGUCCGAUCAUGUAACAACGUAGAAUACGAUAACGAUUUCGUUUAUCACUUUCAGUUUGUAAUAUGAUAGCAAGGUAUGCAGUAUCCGUUGUUGAUGCAGUCAGCGAUAACAAGCAAUCAAAGCUGCCUUGACAGCUAGCCUAUCUGGGCUACAGUCAGUAUUCCCGGACUGCAGCGGAAGAUAGGAAGUACAAAGUAUCUCGCUAUGAAUAUUUGUUUUGGGAUCCAAGUUCAUAUUUAAAACUAAAUGAUAAGUUACCAAAUAUUGCUUGAAUUCAAUUUUAGUGUAAGUACUGGAAACUGGAGUUAGGUCAGUACUGUAUUAGCUUGGUAGCAGUGUGUUGUUGGCAACGAUGUCCUAUUGAACGGAUGCGUGGGAACAUGUCCACCCUGGUGUGUGUGAAAGACGAGGAGGACCCUGGCGAGAAGCUGUCCCAGGAUGAGAUCAUCUCGCGGACCAAGCAGGUGAUCCAGGGCCUGGACGCCCUAAAGCAGGAGCACCACUCCAUCCUGGAGGGCCUGCUGGGAACCCUGCGCUGCUUGAAGCAGGACGAGGAGGGAGUCCUGAUGGAGGAGAAGUCCCACAUGAUCCGCAAGUCCCUGGAGAUGCUGGAGCUGGGCCUGAGCGAGGCACAGGUGAUGAUGGCGCUGUCGGGUCACCUGAGCUCUGUGGAGUCUGAGAAGCAGAAGCUGCGGGCGCAGGUGAGGCGUCUGUGCCAGGAGAACCAGUGGCUGAGGGACGAGCUGGCGGGCACCCAGCAGAAGCUGCAGAAGAGCGAGCAGAGCGUGGCCCAGCUGGAGGAGGAGAAGAAGCACCUGGAGUUCAUGAACCAGCUCAAGAAAUACGACGAGGACCUGUCUCCCUCGGAGGACCGGGACUCAGACUCCAGUAAAGAGACUCUGGAUGAUCUCUUCCCUGACGACCAUGACGACCAGGCCCCAGGCAUCCAGCAGCCUCACAGCAGUGCGGCAGCCGCCGCCCAGCAGGGGGGCUACGAGAUCCCGGCCCGCCUCAGGACCCUCCACAACCUGGUGAUCCAGUACGCCUCCCAGGGCCGCUACGAGGUGGCCGUGCCCCUCUGCAAGCAGGCCCUGGAGGACCUGGAAAAGACCUCCGGACACGAUCACCCCGACGUGGCCACCAUGCUCAACAUCCUGGCCCUGGUCUACAGGGACCAGAACAAGUACAAAGAGGCGGCCAACCUGCUGAACGACGCUCUGUCCAUCAGGGAGAAGACCCUGGGCAGGGACCACCCAGCCGUUGCUGCCACCCUCAACAACCUGGCCGUGCUGUAUGGGAAGAGAGGAAAGUACAAGGAGGCGGAGCCUCUGUGUAAGAGAGCUCUGGAGAUCCGGGAGAAGGUUCUGGGUAAGGACCACCCUGAUGUGGCCAAGCAGCUGAACAACCUGGCUCUGCUGUGUCAGAACCAGGGAAAGUACGAGGAAGUGGAGUACUAUUACCAGCGAGCGCUGGAGAUCUACCAGACCAAACUGGGCCCCGACGACCCCAAUGUUGCCAAGACCAAAAACAACCUGGCGUCUUGUUACCUGAAACAGGGGAAGUUCAAGCAAGCUGAAACUCUGUACAAAGAGAUCCUCACAAGAGCACAUGAGAGGGAGUUUGGCUCUGUAGAUGAUGAGAACAAACCCAUCUGGAUGCAUGCUGAGGAGAGAGAGGAACUGAGCAAGGGAAAGCUGAAGGAUGGCUCUCCUUUCGCCGAGUAUGGAGGCUGGUACAAGGCCUGCAAAGUAGACAGCCCCACAGUCACCACCACCCUGAAGAACCUGGGCGCCCUCUACAGGCGGCAGGGGAAAUUUGAAGCCGCAGAGACUUUGGAGGAGGCGGCCCUGCGUUCCAGAAAGCAGGGCCUGGACACGGUGCACAAGCAGCGUGUGGCGGAGGUUCUGAGCGAGCCGGAGGCGCGGGAGAAGCAGCGCAGCCGCGAGAGCCUCGUCUCCGACACGGUCAAGUACGAGAGCGGUCCUGACGGCGGCGAGGAAGUGAGUAUGGGCGUGGAGUGGAACGGGGAUGGUUCUGGCUCUCUGAAGCGAAGCGGAUCCUUCAGUAAACUCCGAGCUUCUAUCCGCCGUAGCAGCGAAAAACUGGUGCGCAAGCUGAAAGGCGGUGGCUCAAAGGACAGUGAUCCUAAAAACCCUGGCAUGAAGCGAGCCAGCUCACUGGGUGUGCUAAACGUGGCGGACCAGCCUGCCGGAGACCACUACCAAGAGCGAAAUAAUCGUCUGAGGAAAAGUCGAGACCUGAGUGCCAGCCACACUGACCUGGCGCAUUGAAGGUCUGACUCGGAGUGACCAGCGGAAAGGGCCGGAAGGGGGUGACUCAGAGGUCACAUGGUCAGCAUCCUUUUUUCUCUGCAGUACCACCAUGUACAUAGCUGCUUGUAGUCACCAUGUCACCAACCUCCCAAGAAUACCCUUCUCAACCAUACACUACCAAUUGUUCAUCUGGAAUAUUUUAACUGAGCUCCUUGCACUUAUGGCUUGUUGUCUUAGAGUGUGGUUUAGUGUAAUUCUCUGCCUGCGUGUAGUAUAUUGUGGAACAUGAAUUGUUAUGAACAACUUUCCUGUAUUUUCACUUUUGGAGUAAUUGUGUGUCUGAUCUUGUACUGUAUAUAACUGUGUGCUUUAUCUUGAUGUCCAUAUGUGAGGUUGCCUUCAUACUUUGUGCGUGUGGUGGCACGUUUAGGCUUUCGGUCUAGGUGUAUGGAUAUACUUAACAUGCUCAUCACUUGAAUUAAAUAGGUGGGCAGUAUGGCUACUGCAAGAGACCUGAUAGAUAAGAUCUAUUUUCAUGAUACGUCCAAAUUCAUAACCUGUGUAUAUUGAGAAGCUAUUCAUUGUUUAAUGAAGGUAUAUGUUUACAUUUGGAGGUUUGUAGAUUAUGAUUUUCCUACGCUGCUCUAGGGAUGUUUUUAAAAUCUUGGCUUGGCAUUCUAGGCCUUGAAACUGGUAGUCGUGUCCUUUUGUGGUUAUGUUACUGCAAGCGAACAGACUGCUAAGAUGAAACAGAAUCUAUGUAUAGGCACAUGCUGUUUCAUUUUCUCAGGGUUGUCAGAAGUUGGCCAGAGAUGCUAGUUUUGGUAAAACACUGUCUGCACUAGAUGUAUGUAACAUAAGCCUGUUACAAUCAAAUGCUUUGUCCAGUCACGAACAGGAUGAUAUUGUUACUAUCUUAAGAUGUUUACCAAUUUUACCUUCACUUAUUUCUAGGAUCACCACUUGCUAAAACAUACUUCAUGUGACAUUACACUGACCGGUCAAUAUAAAUGAAAUACUGUACUUUAAGAUAAAAAGAAAAAGUUAUAAUUUACUAGGAUUUAUUUUACAGUAGUUUGUAUGCCCCAUUCUUAAAUUGAUCUGAUUGAUGUUAUACUUACUGAAAUGCUAGUACCAAAUCAUGGUCAUUGUUACGUGGGGUUUAUAGUGUCCUCUGGUUUGUGCCUUAGUGUGGUCUAAGCCUACACACACUAGUGGAGUGUCUACAACAAAUUACAUUUGACAAUGUACCUUUCAGAUCAGUGUGUAUUCCCUGUCAACAUGUUAGGUGGUGAUACUACCCUAAUUACGUCGGGUUGGGGACACUGGUUUGGGUGAGACAUUGUGUUUUAAUUUAUAAGGCUUUUAAAAGAGAGAUAUCUGUUACAUAAGAAUGAGACUGCUUUUGGACCAGUGGCUGAUUGAACAGCCAGGGAAAAGCUUGGGAUUUGUACUGGAAAGGAUUUCAUUACGUAACAUUUUGUUUACUAAACAUUGGAAUUUAUAUUUUGUUAUUGAAGAAAGGAAUAGUGGCGAUUGCAAUAAGUCAUCGUUUUCUAUGCAGAAUGCAUUUGUGACGACAGGUAUCAGGUUAGAUGUUCAGAUUUUUUCUGUGUGCAAUAUGUUUUUAGGUAUCAGAUGUGAUAAAUCAAUUUGUUGAACCAAAACAAAUGUCUUAAUGUUACAACACCCUGUACAUCUUUUUAGUCCUUUUCCCUCCCUAUAGAUUAUGCAAUUUAGGCAUUGUAACUAUGGUGAAUGAAUGUGGAUAGAGAAUGUUCUGUAGAAAAACGUUUAGGUGACUGUUGAUCAGUCUGUCAAUCAUCAACCUGUUGUGUUUUUUUGCUUGUCUGCCCAGGUACCCAUUUAUCCAACAGAUUGAAUUAGGAUGGGCAAUGUAAACCUUUGCAUUUUUGUCUGAAUGAAGGAACUGCCAUUUAUUGUCACCGAUUAUCUUUUUUAAGCCAUUUUUUUAUUUGCCCCAAAUUAUUGUAAAAACAUCCAUCUGACAACUACCUGAUGGGUAGUCAUGUUGAGUUUAAAAAUAUAUAUAUAUUGUUUGAUUAUCUGUCCGACUGGGAGGAAUCACAAUGAAUUAAAUGUCUAUUUAUGCAGUAAUUUCAUCAACAGCGAUUAUAUCGCAUUAUAUCGUCCCAGGAUAGUUAGUCAUAAACUCAGAGCCGCUGACACCUCUACAUGACGUCAUCCUGAUGGUGUGGAGCUCUGCUUGUGUACCUGCUUUCUACUGCCCAUCUAAGCCAUCAUCACUGUCCACAUCCUAUAAUAUGUUUGCUUUACUGGCGGAAUUGUCUAAACUGUGGUGAUGUGUUUCUCCUGAAAAAUAUUGUAUCGCAAGAAAAUGUACAAAUGUUGAAAUAAAAAGAUCAAAUGUU